GUAUUAUUUUUAGCCGGCCUUUAUCAAAUUUAUCCUCAUCACACUUGGAAACUAAAAAACUUAUACCAGAGAAAAUUCGCAUUAGCAAAAUUAAAACCAUCUAAAAUGGGUGAUAGAAGAGUAGUAAAAUAUGGAAUAAUCGGAGUUGGGAUGAUGGGAAGAGAACAUCUCAUCAAUCUUUACCAUCUCAAGAGCGAAGGUGUUGCUGUUGUCGCCAUAGCCGAUCCCCACUUACCUUCCCAACAAGCAGCUCUGCUUCUUGCACACUCUUACAACUGGCCUCUUCAGGUUUUUUCGGGUCACAAAGAGCUGUUGAAUAGUGGGGUGUGCGAUGUAUUGGUUAUUUCGACUCCAAACAUGACUCACUGCGAAAUAUUGAUGGAUGUUAUCAGCCACCCGAAAACCCAUCACGUGUUGGUGGAGAAGCCUCUCUGCACAACCGUUGCAGAUUGCAUAAAGGUCAUAGAUGCUGCAAAAAGUAGACAAGAUAUGCUAGUACAAGUUGGGUUAGAAUAUAGAUACAUGCCACCUGUCGCUAAACUAAUUGAUGUGGUUAAGGAUGGAAUUCUUGGACAAGUCAAGAUGGUGUCUAUACGGGAACAUCGAUUCCCAUUUCUUGUUAAGGUUGACAAUUGGAACCGGUUCAACUGUAAUACUGGGGGUACCCUAGUAGAGAAAUGCUGCCACUUCUUUGAUCUCAUGACACUAUUUGCGGGCUCUAAUCCUGUACGUGUCAUGGCUUCUGGUGCUAUUGAUGUAAAUCAUAAAGACGAGGCAUACGAUGGGAAGGUGCCUGAUAUAAUUGACAAUGCAUAUGUAAUUGUUGAAUUUGAAAAUGGAUCACGGGGCAUGCUUGAUCUCUGUAUGUUUGCCGAAGGCAGUAAAAACGAACAAGAGAUAUCUGUUGUUGGUGACAUUGGUAAGGGUGAGGCAUUUGUCCCGGAGAAUGUUGUUCACUGGGGCACCCGUGUAGAAGGAAGAGAUGGCGUUAAGACAUUAAAAGCCGAGGAUGAUCGUAUUAAAUAUAAUGGGCUACAUCAUGGCUCUAGCUAUCUUGAACAUCUUCAGUUCUUGUCUUCAAUAAGAGCAAAAGGUACACAAGCUCCUGUUGUAGAUCUGCACGCUGGAUUGGUUUCUGUAGCCAUAGGUGUUGCGGCUCAACUCUCGAUCGAAAAGGGUCGAUUUGUAAGUAUUGAGGAAGUCAUGGAGUAAAUAUGUUGGAAAUAAUGUAUCCAAUUAGUAACAUUUAAUUAAGGUCCAACUAAGAAAGUUUAGUGAUUGGAUAUACAACAACAUAUGGUGUAUAUUGUUUAUAUUUGUAAUGGUAUACUAAUACAAGGUUCGUAAAGAUUACAGUUGAACCUCGAUAAAUUAAUAAACUCGCUUAAAUAAUAAUUCCUUCCGGUCCCAACUCA